AUCAUUUAAAGCUUAGCAUCUGUAAUAAAGCAGCCAAUGUACAAUCUUUCACAAGCAAACAAACUCUUUUUGAAAAACAGUUGAGAGGGAGAGAGACGAUGAACUCUGACAAAAGGGUCCCUCAGUUUCUGUCAUCCGACAAUGUUAAGCUUCUCUUUGACUCUGUUGAGGCCUUUCUUUUUGAUUGUGAUGGUGUGAUAUGGAAAGGUGAUACACUUAUUGAUGGUGUUUCUCAAACUCUUCAACUACUUAGAUCCAAGGGAAAGAAGCUGGUUUUUGUGACGAACAAUUCCUCAAAAUCAAGAAAGCAAUAUGCUAAGAAGUUCCAUUCCCUUGGAAUUUCAGUUAGUGAGGAUGAGAUAUUUUCGUCAUCUUUCGCGGCUGCUAUGUACCUGAAGGUCAAUAACUUUCCUAGAGAAAAGAAGGUAUAUGUGAUCGGUGGGGAAGGUAUAAUAGAAGAGCUGCAGCUUGCUGGAUACACAGGUCUUGGUGGCCCGGAAGAUGGUGAAAAAAGAGUAGAACUGCAAUCAAAUUCCUUUUUUGAGCAUGAUAAGAGUGUUGGAGCAGUUGUUGUUGGAAUGGAUCCGCGUAUCAACUACUACAAACUUCAAUAUGGAACACUUUGCAUACGACAGAAUCCGGGGUGUCUCUUUAUUGCAACCAAUCGAGAUUCAGUGGGAAAUAUGACUGAUUUACAAGAGUGGCCUGGCGCUGGUUGUAUGGUUGCUGCCAUCUGCGGUUCAACUGAGCAAGAGCCUAUUGUAGUUGGAAAGCCAUCAACUUUCAUGAUGAACUUUUUAUUGCAAAAAUUCGAUGUGAGUACCUCCAAAAUGUGUAUGGUGGGUGAUAGACUGGACACUGACAUUUUAUUUGGACAAAAUGCUGGCUGCAAAACUCUGCUUGUUCUUUCAGGUGUGACAAAUCAAUCCACACUUGAAGAUCCAAAGAACAAUAUCCAGCCAGAUUAUUAUACAAACAAGGUGUCCGACUUCCUCCACUUAUUGGAAUCAUAGUCUCAUUAUUUUAGUCAUUGAUCAUAUGUCAUACAUUUGACGGUACCAAUUGCAAAUUUACUACUUUUGUGUAUCAAAAACUUGUCGAUCAAGAAUUAGUAGACGAUUGUUUAUUUAUCAAGCAUUUCAUAAA